ACGUAAAUUUUCAAAUAAAAACGACACUUGAUAAUCAUUGUGACAAAGCCUUGAAUAUUAUCAAAAAUGAUUGUUCGUAAAAGAAUGAUUGAAAAAAUUCUUUUUAAAUAUGGGAAACGAAUAUAUUUUAAAGAUGCGUUACUACGACAAACACAACGACAGUUUCAUGAUACAACUACCAAUGCUAAAAUUGAUACCAUUGGUACAAAAAAUCCUUCGUUUUUAGGAAUACAAGCUGUAUUUACCGGUGAAUUAAGAAUUAUUGACGAACAAUGUUACGAUCCUUUAUCCAUAUUUAGAAUUUUAAAUUCGUCACAUAAACAUGUACAAUUACCAGAGGAUUUCAAGUUAGACGAAAAUAUUUUGAUUAAAAUAUAUCGUAAAAUGAUAACGCUAAAUAUAAUGGAUAAAAUCCUCUAUGAAUCUCAACGACAAGGACGUAUAUCGUUUUACAUGACUAGUACAGGAGAAGAGGCAAUACAGAUUGGUUCUGCAGCUGCUGUUACAUUGGAAGACGUUAUAUAUGCUCAAUAUCGUGAAGCAGGUGUUUUGUUAUGGCGUGGACACUCUGUCGCAGACUUCAUGAAUCAAUGUUAUGGUAAUUGCAAAGAUGCUUCAAAGGGAAGGCAAAUGCCUGUUCAUUAUGGAUCAAAAAAAUUGAAUUAUGUUACUAUUUCGUCUCCUUUAACGACGCAACUACCUCAAGCUGUAGGUACAGCUUAUGCACUCAAGCAAUCUAAAAAAAAUGCAUGUGCAAUUUGUUACUUUGGUGAAGGAGCUGCUAGUGAAGGAGAUGCUCAUGCAGCUUUCAAUUUCGCUGCUACUUUGGAGUGCCCAAUCAUUUUUAUAUGUCGAAAUAAUGGUUAUGCAAUCUCGACUCCUACUCGAGAACAGUUUAAAGGUGAUGGGAUUGCAGCGAGAGGACCAGCAUACGGGAUACCAACAAUUCGUGUAGAUGGUAACGACGUUCUUGCUAUGUACUAUGCAACAAAAGUUGCUCGUGAAUUUUGUAUUCGGAGCAAGAAACCCUUUUUAAUCGAAGCUAUGACUUAUCGAAUCGGUCAUCAUAGUACUUCCGAUGACAGUACUGCAUAUCGAUCCAGUGAUGAAAUAGCCUAUUGGACUCGUUAUAUGCCAAUAAUUAGAUAUCGUAGUUACUUGGAAUCGGUUGGUUUGUGGUCUGAGCAACGAGAUAUAGAGUUAAAGAAACGCAUAAAAAAUUCCGUUUUGCUUGCUUUUACGGAAGCAGAAAAGGAACAUAAAGCAUGCUGGAAAGAGCUAUUUACAGAUGUAUAUCGUACAAUGCCAAAGCAUAUAAGUAAACAAAUGUAUUCUAUGGAGAAACACGUUGUGGAGUUUCACAAACAUUAUCCCUUGCACUUUUUUAAACGAGCUUAAUGAUAACGAAUUUAACAAAUAAAUUCAAUAAAAUUAAAUAAAUAAUAAUAGCACUUUAAAUUAACUAUAUUUAUAACUUUUUGUCGAUAUUAUAUAUUUUUUAUAUUGUUUGAUAAUAAAACAUUUAUAUGCAUUCUAAAAA